CAACAUCCAGAUUCUUGAAAUGAUCACAUCUUCUUCUUUGGUUGGCCUUAUAGCCUUGGUGGUUAUACUUUGGCAGUUCAGCAAGAUAGGUCGUCGGCCUAGGGACUAUCCUCCAGGUCCACCCACUCUUCCCCUCAUUGGUAACAUGCACCAGAUACCAAGAGAAGAGCGCCAUAUACAAUUUCAGAAAUGGGCCCAGGAGUAUGGUCCUAUAUUUUCACUUAUGCUAGGAACUAAAGUCAUGAUUGUUCUCAACUCAGACCAAGCGAUCAGAGACCUAAUAGAUAAGCGAGGUGCCAUCUAUUCCUCGAGGCCAGAGUCCUAUAUCGGUCAAGAUGUUCUUAGCGGAGGGCUUAGAGUGCUGUUCAUGCCAAACAAUGGAGUUUGGAAAAUGAUCCGAAAGUUCGUGCACCACAUUCUAAGCGUUACGGCCGCGCGAACAUACGUACCAUAUCAGGACCUCGAAAAUAAGGCAAUGUUACUUGGAUUUUUAGAAUGCCCGGGUGAUUUUGCUGACCAUAUUCGUCGCUAUACGGCUUCAUUGACCACUCAAAUGACAUUCGGAUUUCGUACUACUGCCAUACAGGACCCAAGAUUCAAGGAGUCAUUUGACAUAUUUGAUCGAAGCUCCGAACUAAUAGGAUCUCGGAUUGCUGUCUUCUUAGACUUAAUGCCUAUGAUGAGACGCUUACCAGACUGGGUAUUGUCGAUUAAGCGCAAGGCGAGAAGAUUGCACAUAAAAGAAUCGGGGCUAUUUUUAACCCAUUAUCUCCAAGCAAAGCAAGGACUACAAAAUGGUACAGCCAAGCCCUGUAUUUGUGUGGAUCUCGUUAAAAUGCAGAAGAGUGAGGGAUUCUCCGAUGAACUUGCUGCGUAUAUUAGUGGUUCGCUGCUACAAGCUGGCUCCGAAACGACGGCGAAUAUUUUGAUACGAUUCAUUCAAGCAAUGGUUAUUUUCCCAGAAGUAGCCAAGGCAGCUCAAAUAGAGCUUGAUCGCGUGUGCGGAGAUCGUUUGCCCGAUCUCAACGACGUGCCCAACUUACCGUACAUCCGAGCCUGCACUAAGGAAAGCCUGCGUUGGAUGCCCGCGUUCACGUUGGGUAUACCGCAUGCCGUUACUCAAGAUGAUGCAUAUCUUGGAUAUCGCAUUCCUAAAGAUGCGACGGUGAUACUUAAUGUCUGGGCUGUACAUAAUGAUUCCGAGAGGCAUCCAUCACCUCGUCAGUUUGAGCCCAUGCGUUACAUAGAUGACCAGCAGACAUCUAUCGACGCGGCAAACAACCCAGACCCUACCAAGCGAGAUCACUUUGUGUUCGGCGCGGGCAGACGUAGGUGUCAGGGUAUGCAUAUCGCGGAUCGCUCGCUAUUCCUGGCCAUUUCUCGCUUGCUCUGGGCAUUCAAUUUCCGUAGAGCCGUGGAUCCUGAUACCCAGCAAGAUAUUGUUCCGGAUAUGGACGACAUAGUGGAAGGUCUGAUGACGUUUCCUAAGCCAUUUCUGGCGAAGAUAACGCCAAGAGACGCCCGAAAAGCUCAGGUUGUGAAAGAGGAAUGGGAGAAGGUAUCGGAAUUGCUAGAUGAGCAGAGCCAAUGGAAGACAGCUCCGGAAGGCUUGAUUUGGAAAGAUGAGCAGCUUUCGGAAUUACUAGACCAAGCCUCUUAG